GAUGGAAUCUGGGGUGCGCGUAUUCCAGUUGCCAUUAAAACACUGCACUCUACCAAUAUGACUGCAGAUGACCGCAUCAAGUUUCUUCAGGAGGCAAAUAUAAUGAGAGGAUUUCGGCAUGAAAAUGUGAUCCGUCUGCACGGCGUUUGUACGUCCAAAGAACCGAUUAUGAUAGUGAUGGAACUGUGCCCGGGAGGAUCAUUGUCAUCACGUCUACAGGAUCUCAAAGAUCAAUCAACUACGUUUAUGGUGCAGCAAGAGGAAUGGCAUACCUGCAAAGUAAAGACAUUAUUCAUAGGUAAACUGCUGUCCAGUAGAAGUUACUAUGAUCGUGCAACUACAGUUUAUAGAGACAUCGCAGCCAGAAACUGUCUUCUCGGGGAGAAUGAAUGUGUCAAAAUUUCAGAUUUUGGGUUAUCAUUUAUUGGAAAGACCUUAAGGGAGAAGAAGUUAAAGAAAGUUCCUCUAAGGUGGUUGUCGCCGGAAACACUGAAAUCUGGUGUUUACUCCACCAAAACAGAUGUCUACAGUUUUUCGGUUAUGAUGUGGGAGAUCUUCUCAUUUGGCCAACUCCCAUUUUACAAAUAUGAUAAUCGCGUUUUAAGAAAAUUAAUCAUACAAAAAAAGGUCACGCUAUCAAAAUGUUUGGGGGAGAUACCCCCAGAAAUGGAAGAGUUGCGCUUGCGUUGCAUGGAUUACGAUCCCAAUAAGAGGCCAGACUUUAUCGAGAUAGAGGCUAUUAUUUCUGAGAUGCCAGAUGUGAUCAAACCAAAACCGCCAUCUUGGUGGACUCGAAUAAGCACAGCAAUCAGCGACUACAUUUAUGGAAGAGUUUACACUUGA